AAAACUAACCUGUCAAAUAAUGUCAACAUACGUGUAUUGAAAAACAUUGGCGAAAUGACGAAUUUACAGGAAGUCCCGACCGAUGAGUUAUUGUCGUUCCACGAUUAUCCAACUGUUCACCAAUCUGGAUCACCGGACAAUGCUCAAAUCACCAUCAACACCAAUGUACAAAACAAUGAAUCAAAAGGUGGUGGCGGCGGUGAUAUCCCCACUGAUACUGCAGACAAUACCAUGAAGUCAUUCUGGUCUAUAGAGUACUACCAGAAGUUCUUUGAUGUGGAUACACAGGAUGUGGUAGACCGUAUACUGGCUUCAAUAACACCCAGACGUGACAAUUCGUUAAAACACCACCUGAGGCGCAAGCCAGACCUCUAUGGCCCAAUUUGGAUAUCAAUAACAUUAAUUUUCACAAUUGCAAUCAGCGGAAAUGUCGCAAAUUAUCUCCAAAACGCCAACAAACAGAUCCACUGGCAGUAUGACUUCCACCUGGUGUCAUAUGCCGCAACCGCAAUAAUUUUAUAUGUCACCCUUGUACCAUUCACACUGUGGGGCUUGUUGAAGUGGAGCUCUGAUGUGAACGAUUUGGAGGGUCUUGAAACUGAUGUUAUACCAGGAGCACUGGAAUUAAUUUGCAUUUACGGAUAUUCCUUAUUUAUUUACAUUCCAGUUUCGAUUUUGUGGUCCAUACAGAUUGGAACUCUGCAAUGGAUCCUAGUGAUGGUGGCUUCCACUGUGUCUGGUUCUGUACUGCUGUUUACCUUGUUGCCAGCCCUCAGGGUGUCAAAGCAUAAAUUAUUCUUAAUAAUUGGCAUUAUUUUAUGUCACUUUAUCCUUGCUGCUGGAUUUAAGAUGUACUUCUUCCAUUCUCCAGUCACCUAUGAACUUAAGGUUCCUCAUGAAAAUGUCGUGAAAGCAACUGUGGCCCCAGUUGUUAAUGGGACUUUGUAAUUUUGUUUACUUUGUAUAUUUUGUUUCGUUUUUGUGAUAUGUAUUUAAUAAAUAUCUACAUAAGUAA